UCGCGUAUAUUUUAUGAAUGCAAUGCACUCUCAAUCAAAGGGCAAUACAAAAUAGAUUUAAAACGUUGUGUUUCAAUAUUUUAAACGUGCAUUUUCCACACAGCACAUGUGUGUAAUGUUUGUGAGUGCGAGUGAGUGAGAGCGAGGAAUGUCAAAAUGACAGCAACAAAGCAAGCAGUAUAGCAAAACCAGCUGUGCGAGGUCGUGGCCCCCUCCCGAAAACAACACUAUCCAAAAUUGUACAAAGUAGACAUAUUUUACGUUCCGUUCUGAAAUCCCAAGUAAAAACCAAAAUUGUGCGGGACCAAAAUUGUCUAUUACAUAAUACAGUUAAUUAAGCGUGGUAUGCACAUGCUACAACCAGCCAGACUCAAGUGCAUCACUAUAUCCACACUGCGUCAUACCUGGAGAUAUAUUCUGUUCGUGGCCAAGCUGCUGCACUACAUCUACACGAAAGUCAGACAUCACCUGGGGCUGCCAUCUAAUCGGGAGCACAACAACAAUAUCAUGGAUCAAGAAAUGCCAGAGGAGCAAGACAUGCCAGAGGAGGGAGGCGAUCGAGAAAAUAUGGUCGACCAGCAACAGGAGGAAGAGCGAGAACAUGCGGAUUUGUUGGCACGUUUCCAUGUUAUUGGGGCUUUGGAGCCUAUGGAUGCGGCCAGUGACAUGGAUGAUGAGGACGAGGAGGACGACGAUGAUGUUGAUGUCGACUAUGGCGAUUCGGACUCGGACUCAGAGCUUGAGGAAAUGUAUUCAGAUGAAUCGAGCAGCUCCAGUGACGAGCCAGACGAACGGGACACCAAAGUCAAGCAGAGCAAGUGCCUCUUCCCGGAUGAGGAGCAGCAGCCGCAGCAAAAGACACUGCGCCAGUACAGCUUCCAGCCCCUGCGACUGGUGAAGUGCGCCUACAAGGACAAGCAUUGCGCUGGAGGCUUCCCGCUGGCUCGCAGUGGCCACCGCAUCAUCGCCUCCAACUCUCAUUUGUACUCCUUGGGCGGCUACAAUCCGCGGAGCGCUGUCAAUGCAGCUCGGCGCGGUCGCUGCCUCCUCUUCCAGGAGCUCUGGAGUUACAACUUUGCCACCAAUCUCUGGAGGCUGGAGCUGAAUGCAGAGAAUGCAGACAACUUGCCUGUGGAGCUGGCCUCCAACGCAUUGACCAUUCACAAUAACGUGUUGAUUUCUCAUGGAGGUACUGGUUAUCCAUUCGGGGAGUCCUGUUCGAACGAUUGCUAUGUGUAUCGAACGGCUAGUGUUGGGGCAACGCCUGCCGUCAAUCGCCUAAAGGUCACCGGAGAUCUGCCAACGGCCCAAUACGGCCCGGGGAUUGUGAUCCACAAGAAUUAUCUGUACACAAUCGGGGGAACGACUGGCUUCGACUAUACCUGCGACGUGUACCGCUUGGACUUGCGCACAGGAGUGUGGGAAAAUGUGUACAUUAGUCGACCGGAGAUGCGCGAAGAUCCGGAGGGCCGCUACCGCCACGAGGUGAUCUACGAUGGAAAGCAUAUAUUUGUGCUUGGCGGCGGGACUUCACACUCUGUCUACGAUCUGCAGCGCAUUCCUGCCUACAACUUGGAUGCUAACUGCUGGGACUACUUUGACACUUUCCCAGAUCCACGGAUCGUCGAUGUGGGGCGAAACAAUAAAGGCUAUCCGAAGCCGCGCAAGUGCUUCUCGUGUGUGCAACACCAGUCCACCAAUGGAGACAUCGAAGCCUUCAUCACGGGUGGCUUACAGGGUGACUUUUCGACAUACUUCUCGGACAUUUGGAAGCUGAAUAUGCGCACCAAACAGUGGUUCCUCCUUGAGACAAGUCUUCCACGUCCCUUGUACUUCCAUUCGGCAGCACAUUCUGAUAACGGCUGCAUGUACGUGUUCGGCGGCAUAGAGUACAAUGACAAGGAGAUGCGACGGCGCAACGGCCUUUACAAGAUGUGGAUGACCGUGCCAAAGCUUAGCGAAAUGUGCUGGGAUGCCGUCACCUACUACAACGACAAUCUCGACAUGUACGAUCGCAAGACGCUACUCAAAUCUGGCAUACCCAAGACAUUUACUGAUCGCCUGCCGGCUCAAGCGAGAAAGAAGACCGAGAAGAACGAACCAGAUCCAUCCAUGCUUAUUUCCCUUUACUCCCACCCGAAGCGUGCUCGCUCCACAACGCAUUAGCUUCUUGAAACUAAAUCAAAAAGUCCCUUCUCCCCUUAAAAAAAAUUGAGUUACGUGGAAUGGAGCCUUUUUGGUGUCGUGCCACCUGGCCUCUUACAUACAUAUAUAGCAACAUAACUUUGCGUUACUAUUGUUUAAAGGUUUUGUUUUGAUAUUGAGCGCGCGCUGUGAUCGAAUACGAAGGACAUUUAUAGUUGUACACAUACAUACAUACUUAUGUAUGUAUUUUGAUAUUUCGCAGACUCGUAAGAAAAGGGCGGACGGACACGUAUAGCAUGUGAAUAAGAUUGUAAUUAAGUUAGCUAGCUGAACAACAACCAGAAGAACUCCAGCAACAUACAUACAUAAAUACAGAUAUAAACUACAAUCAAAGCAAACGUAAUUUUAAACAGCAGCUUAGCAGAUCGAAUCGUUACAGGACGUCCAGCGCACUCCACACCACCACCCCCAACCCCACUACCACAAUAAAUAGUUUCUCUUUACCCGCACAGAGACUUGCACCCAAACGAAAUUAGUUUUGAAGGCUACACCAAACAAUGUCAUAUAGAGGAGGGCGGCAUGCACCUCCGAUGUAUUUUUGUCAAAGUGUACAUACAUAAAUUUAGCAGUAGUAAUAUUUAAAUAACUUAAGAGAAUCCAUCAUCAUUGCGAUAUAAUGUACCAAUGCAGGCAUCAGUUUGCUCGAAUUAUCUUACCCAAGACUAAAUUUGGUUGAAUCUAAGUUAAUAAAUACAUUUUUAAUGCAA